AAAUUGCUCUGGUUGGCUUGAGCGAGGAUGAGGGUAUGUAUGUAUGUGUGAAUUUAAAUGCUUAAGUACGUACAGGUGUUAUCUCGAGUUUUCCCUGCGUCUUUGUCUCUCGUAGCCCCCAACCUUGCUCCCGCCAUCCCCCAUGCUGCCUCAGUCUCUCUUGGUCUCCCUGUCACCGAGGGAGGGGCUUUUUUUUAGCCAGCUCUCACAGUCCUGGGCCUCCGGCUCUGGACAGUUGUGCUGUUCCCGAAACUCCUGACGUCCUCCCCCCCCCCCACACACACGCAAACAUCUCUGCUUCAAGGUGUUAUUACUGUAAUCGGAGAAGCAUAAAGCCAGCUCUGUUUCAGGGCUUUGGUGGAGAGGUUUUCCCAGGGGUUCCCCUGGUUUGAGGUUGGGGCUUGCACACUUAGAACUGUGUUUGGAAUGAGACAGGAAACGGGCAGACUCCAGAAUCCAGUCUGGCUGUCUCCUGAUCCUGUUCAAUAGUUGGAAGUGUUGGGAGGUGAGGGGGGGCAGGGAAAGUGACUCCCUGAGUGAUCUCGGUUGAUGGAGCUGUUGUCACGGCAAUGGAGAGAGCCUGAAGUGGAAGAGGUUACACAUUAUAUAGGUCAGAUGCCAACUGUAGCCCUCCACCCUCUGGCCCCAGAGUGGAGUCGGGGCCUGAACUGCCUUUGUUGCUGGAAGACUUAAAUUAUCAUUUACCCUGAGAGGACCAUGGGUUCAUAGGAGGUUAAUGUUGGGGGCUCUGGUUUCAGGCAGCGAUGGGUUGGGGCCGGUGGGAAUGGUUUCUACAUCUGUGGAGUGGAAGCCUGGCUCCAGGCUAGCUGUGUAUGAGGCGGUGUGUGUGUCUGGCCAAGUGUCUGUCUGGCUUGUGUGUGACCGCGCUUAUCUGGCCCUGGGUGCCUUGAGUGUAAGAGAUGGAGGGGGCGUGUCUGGCUCGGGCUAUGUGUUUCUUGCCCCGUUGCCCUGUGUUCAUUCUUUGUUUGUGGUUAUUAUUUUUUUAUUUUGUCUUCGGGAACUGAGUGGUGGGUGGGGGAGACUUCCAGCCUUUUUCCAUACUGAGGGCUGUCAAAGGUUAGGAAAGGACGAGAGAUUCAGGGUCCCCUAGGGCAGAACCCUCUGGCCUGUAACACAUGAGGUUUGCCUAGUUGGGUCAGAAAGUCCUGUCUGUCUACACACUGCGCUCUGGCUCUCUUUCGAGGUGCCUCAGUUUCCCCAUCUAUCCUGUGGAGGAGCUAUAAAGCAUCAAUUAGCUUCUGCCUCCCUUUCAGCAGGCCCCACAGUACGGGCUUCCUGCCCUUCUAAGCCACUGCGGUCCACCCUUCCACCCACAGCUCAGCUCUUCAGCUGAGUAAGGAGAGCCACCUGGGUGUCAGCGUGUCACUUUAACAUUAGAACAGGAGGCAGGCAGGCACUUGUCAGAGCUUCGCCCGCUUCGCCGAGUGACCUUGGACAAGUCACAUCCGAGGGUUUUUCGUCUGUAAAAUGAGAAGGCUGCCCAGCACACUUUCAAAGAUCACGUCCACCUCGGCCAGGAUGUGACCUUGAAUGACCUCUCUCAAGGCCUGGGGCUUGAUUUGAUUUGGUGCACAGGCAAGGCAGAGAGGGCUGUAGCUGGUGCCCCUGGUAGUGGCCGGGCCCUCUGCGGUGUCCGAGACCCAACACCUACAGGAGAAGAGGAAGUCUGGCUCACGGGAGAGGUGUGAGAUGUCUGUGAGCUGUGGGAUGGGAGUGUGGGGAGAGACAGAUGAGCUCAAAUGGCAAGGGACUGGGUGCUAGGUAUUGACCAAGCCCCUUUCCUGCCUGGGGCCCCUGGGAGCCAGGAGCUAGAGCCAGAGAAAACAGAAACCAGGACUUCAGUGAAGACUUGGGACGAGGGGAUGUAGCUGACCCCACUGAGGUCAGUUCCAGAUGGCCUCGGCCCCCCCUUUCUGCCUCUUAGGACCUGUGUCUUUCACUUUUUCUUCCACAGGUCUUUCUUUGUCUCUUCCAGCUGUCCCCUCCUUAGUGAAGUGCUCCAUCCUUCCUUUUCCUUCUCUCCCCCCCAUUCUCCCCUCUCCCCAGCACCACAGCCCCCAGCAUCAGGGAGGAAGGAACACAGGUCCUGAUCCCGGGCAGGGAGAUGGGGAGGGGAUGCUCAGGGGACUGGGAGCUCCUGUUUACUGCUACUCUUGGCACCUGCUGACAAGGCCCUGCAGGCUGACGCUCCCCACGUCUCCUCAGGCCUGACCCGGCAUCAUGCAUCGGACCACCCGGAUUAAAAUCACGGAGCUCAACCCUCACCUCAUGUGUGCCCUCUGUGGGGGCUAUUUCAUCGACGCCACCACCAUUGUGGAGUGCUUACAUUCCUUCUGCAAAACCUGCAUCGUGCGCUACUUGGAGACCAACAAAUACUGUCCCAUGUGUGAUGUCCAGGUCCAUAAAACGCGACCACUGCUGAGCAUCAGAUCAGACAAAACCCUCCAGGACAUUGUCUACAAGCUGGUGCCUGGGCUUUUUAAAGAUGAGAUGAAGCGGCGACGGGACUUCUACGCGGCCUACCCCCUGACGGAGGUCCCCAACGGCUCCAACGAGGACCGCGGCGAGGUCCUAGAGCAGGAGAAGGGGGUUCUGGGCGAUGAUGAGAUUGUCAGUCUUUCCAUCGAGUUCUACGAAGGAGUCAGGGACCAAGAGGAGAAGAAGAGCCUCGUGGAAAAUGGGGAUGGGGAUAAGGAGAAGACGGGGGUUCGGUUCCUUCGAUGCCCGGCAGCCAUGACCGUUAUGCACCUCGCCAAGUUCCUCCGAAACAAGAUGGAUGUGCCCAGCAAGUACAAGGUGGAGAUUCUCUAUGAAGACGAACCCCUGAAGGAAUACUACACCCUCAUGGACAUCGCCUACAUCUACCCCUGGCGGAGGAAUGGGCCUCUCCCCCUCAAGUACCGUGUCCAGCCAGCCUGCAAGCGGCUCACUCUGCCCACAGUGCCCACCCCCUCCGAGGGCACCAACACCAGCGGGGCAUCAGAGUGUGAGUCAGUCAGCGACAAGGCUCCCAGCCCUGCCACCCUUCCGGCCACCUCCUCCUCCUUGCCCAGCCCUGCGACCCCAUCCCAUGGCUCCCCCAGCUCCCACGGCCCCCCAGCCACCCACCCUACCUCCCCCACUCCACCUUCGACUGCCAGUGGGACCACCACAGCCACCAAUGGGGGCACUUCGAACUGCCUGCAAACGCCAUCCUCCACCAGCAGGGGGCGCAAGAUGACUGUUAACGGAGCCCCUUGCCCCCCUUAACUUGAGGAAAGGGACCCUCUCCUUCAGCAGCCACCUUUCCCCUCCUUUUUACUUUUUCUGGGCCCCCUUUUUCCACCUUUGACUUUCCCUGGCUCCUCCCAUCUUCAGAGUGGGAGGUGGGUUUUAUAAAUAAAUCUAUCUAUCUAUAUAAAUAUAUAUAUGUACAUAGGAAAAACCAAAUAUACAUACUUAUUUUCUAUGGA